UACUGCAACACCGCGGACUGCUGGGAGAAUGCACCGUCCAUAGCCGUUGCUUUAUACACAAUAUUUAGAUAAGCCGGUUUAAGAAGAACUGCAAAAGAACAAACCUUGACGUCACCCAAAAGGUGACAGUGAAAACAAAUUUCUGAGCAGUGCUUACAGCUACAAAGAGACGCAAGUAUGUAUCAGUUUGGGGGGAUUUGCACCCGCAUACAGACAGAGAGGCUGAGAGCAGAUGGGAUGGGGUCCAACGAGAAAGCAGUGAAGUUCCUCAACCAGGACUAUGAUGCACUGAAGCAGGAGUGCCUUGAGACUGGCUGCCUCUUUGAGGACCCUUGCUUCCCAGCUGUGCCCUCCUCACUGGGCUUCAAGGAACUGGCUCCCCAUUCCUCUAAAACCCGGGGCGUGGAGUGGAUGCGACCCACGGAUCUUGCAGAAAACCCUCAGUUCAUCGUGGGUGGAGCUACAAGGACUGAUAUCUGCCAGGGGGCGCUCGGUGACUGCUGGCUCCUGGCUGCUAUUGCCUCCCUCACCCUCAAUGAGAAGCUGCUCCACAGGGUGGUUCCUCAUGGCCAGACUUUCCAGGGUGACUAUGCAGGCAUCUUCCACUUCCAGUUCUGGCAGUUUGGCGAGUGGGUGGACGUGGUUAUCGAUGACCGGCUGCCAGUGAAGGAUGGUGAGCUCAUGUUCGUUCACUCCGCUGAGGGAAACGAGUUCUGGAGCGCCUUGAUCGAGAAAGCCUACGCCAAACUCAAUGGCUCCUAUGAGGCCCUGUCAGGUGGUAGCACCACAGAGGGCUUUGAAGACUUCACAGGUGGUGUGUCUGAGAUGUACGAGCUCCGAAAGGCCCCCAGAGACCUGUACAGGAUUAUCAACAAGGCCCUAGAGCGGGGUUCCCUCCUGGGCUGCUCUAUCGAUAUCACAAGUGCCUUCGACAUGGAAGCAGUGACCUUCAAGAAGCUUGUGAAAGGUCAUGCAUACUCAGUUACUGGGGUGACGCAGGUGGAGUUCCGGGGUAGCAUGGAGAGACUGAUCCGCAUCCGGAACCCAUGGGGCCAAGUUGAGUGGACCGGUGCAUGGAGUGACGGCUCCUCAGAGUGGAAUGAGAUAGACCCAUCUAAAAGAGAGGACAUGCACUGUCGCAUGGAAGAUGGAGAGUUUUGGAUGUCCUUCCAGGAGUUCCUGCGCCAGUUCUCCCGGCUGGAGAUUUGCAACCUGACAGCAGAUGCCCUCAGCGAUGACAGCCUAAGCUUCUGGCACACCAUCAAGUUUGACGGAGGCUGGAGGAGGGGCAGCACAGCAGGGGGCUGCAGAAACCACCCAAACACCUUCUGGAUCAACCCCCAGUACAAGAUCACGCUGCUGGAGGAGGAUGACGACCCCGAGGAUGACGAGGUGGCCUGCAGCUUCCUGGUGGCUCUCAUGCAGAAGGACCGGCGGCGGUAUCGGCGCCAUGGCCAGGAUAUGCACACCAUUGGCUUCGCCAUCUAUGAGGUUCCAGAAGAGUUCCAGGGCUGCCAGAGUGUGCAUCUGAAAAAGGACUUCUUCCUGAGGCACUCCUCAUGUGCUCGCUCAGAGACCUUCAUCAACCUUCGGGAGGUGAGCGCACGCCUGCGUCUGCCUCCUGGAGAGUACCUGGUAGUGCCCUCCACCUUCGAGCCCCACAAGGAGGCCGACUUUGUGAUGAGGGUCUUCACCGAGAAGCAGUCUGAGACGCAAGAGCUUGACGAUGAAGUGACGGCUGACUUGGAGGACCAGGAGGAAAUUUCAGAAGACGACAUUGAUGACUCUUUCAAGGCAAUGUUUGAACAGUUGUCUGGGGAGGACAUGGAGAUCUCAGUCCAUGAGCUCAGGACCAUACUCAACAGAGUAGUGGCUAAGCACAGGGACUUGAAGACAGACGGUUUUAGCAUGGAGUCUUGCAGAGGAAUGGUCAGCCUCAUGGACAAAGAUGGCAGUGCCCGUCUGGGCAUAGUGGAGUUUCAGAUUCUGUGGAACAAGAUCAGAAAGUGGCUGGGAAUAUUCAGGCAGUUUGAUCUCGACAAAUCCGGAACCAUGAGCUCCUAUGAGAUGCGCCUGGCCCUGGAGUCUGCAGGAUUCAAACUUAACAAUAGAUUGAACCAGGUUCUGGUGGCAAGAUACGCAGAGAAUGAGACCAUCGACUUUGACAACUUUGUCUGCUGCCUGGUCAAACUGGAAUCAAUGUUCAGAGCUUUCCAGCAACUGGACCGAGAGGGGACAGGUGUGGCUGAGAUGAAUAUUACUGAGUGGCUGUAUAUGACCAUGUGUGGCUGAGGAUAAAACACUUCCAGCAGAUCUCAGAGGGCCAGGGGAUCAUACAAGACCCAAAGCCAACAGUAGCCCUGCGCUUCCUCUUAACCCAUACCUUAACUUCCACUGAAUCAAGAGAUGGUUACGUGGAAGCCCACCAUGGCCUUUCUUCAAAAAACCACCUCAGUAUGCGCUCUGCUUGAAAACUCACAUUUUAAAACUAUGCACAAAUACCAGAAUUCCAAAAUAUGUAGAAUUACCAUGUAGGAGUACACUAAAGCCAAGGUAGAAUCGAAGCAGACAGGCAAUACUCUUCUACUGACGUAUUUAUUCAUUUAUUUCCAUUUCCAUUUUUCCUUCAUAGUAUGUCUUGAUUGCAUGCAAUCUGAUAGUGGAAAAGGAAAGCUUUUGCUGGAACGAUAUGUAUUAAUAAUGCCAUUCCAUAAAUGUCAGUGUGGUACAUUGCAUAUAUCAUCUUAGAAUUGCUUUUAGAAUAGUUUUUUUUUCUGAUAAAAAAUCAUGAAAUAUGUCAUUAAAAAGGCAUGUACAUUGUAUUUAACACAAUUGUUUUACAGUGUUUCCAAGUCCACAUUGUGCUCAUAAAUGUUGAGCUGAUGUUUAGUUUAAAAAGUGAUGAUGAAACACCAACAACUGCAAACAGGCAGUAUAUAAAAAUAUUUCAUAAGGAGAGGAAGGGAGGAUGUUAAAAUAUCAUGGCAUGUAAAAUGUAUCUAAGACUGCAGCCAAAUCAGAAAACAUUGUCCUUAGGUGCUGGUUAGUUAGUAUCAGAAAUACCAUAUAAAUUUUCAUUUGUUGUUCAUCAUUUUUAUUUGUGUUAUGAAGGCACAACAGGGUCAUAGUUUUACAUUAAUAGUAUGUAAACAGAGGCAUUAAUUCUGAAACUCAAAAUGAACUAAUCAUUUUGUGUAUGGAAGAUUGCUCUUCAAAAAUACAUACACAGCAGUGAAGUGAAAGUCGUGAAAAUUUAUCAAUAGCAUGCAACAUUGCCAUUCUCUCACAAAUGUGUACGCAUCACA